AAAGCACUGCCUUCUAAAAUUUGAUUGAGUUUUUCUUUCACGGACAUAACAAUUAUUGCGAAAAUGACUACUGGAAUGUCUUUACCGAAGGGAGGCUUUAACUUUGAUAACUAUGCUAGAAAUAAAGCACUUGAAGCUAAAGGUGCUAAACCUCCCAAAGCAACAAGUACAGGUACCACUAUUGUUGGUAUCAUCUUCGAUGGUGGUGUUUGUCUAGGUGCCGAUACAAGAGCAACAGAAGGACCUAUUGUGGCAGAUAAAAAUUGUGAAAAGAUUCAUUACAUUGCCCCCAACAUCUAUUGUUGUGGUGCUGGUACAGCUGCAGACACUGAAUUCACAACCAACUUGAUCAGCUCUCAAAUCGAAUUACAUGCUUUAUCAACUGGUAGAAAGCCACGUGUGGUUACAGCUAUGACAAUGUUGAAGCAAAUGCUAUUCAGAUACCAAGGUCAUAUUGGUGCAGCCCUUGUAUUAGGUGGUUUCGAUGUUAGUGGUCCUCAAUUAUACACAGUCUACCCUCAUGGUAGCACUGAUAAGCUACCAUACGUCACUAUGGGUUCAGGUUCAUUAGCAGCAAUGAGUGUGUUCGAAAGUAAAUGGAAACCAAACAUGACUCGUGAAGAAGCAAUUGAAAUUGUCAAAGAAGCUAUCGAAGCAGGUAUUUUCAACGAUCUUGGAUCAGGUUCGAAUGUGGAUGUUUGUGUCAUUACAAAGGAUAAUACAGAAUAUCUUCGUAAUUAUGCUCGUCCCAAUGAACGUGGAGUCAAAGAACAAAGUUACGUUUUCCCCAAAGGUACUACAGCUGUAUUGAAGGAGUCGAUUGAACGCUUUGUUACAGUCUCUGAAGGCGAUUCUAUGGAUAUUUCCAUGUAAACGCUGUGACUAUAUAUCUUUCUAAUAAAGCAACCAUUUAAUACAUUGAUAAAAAGAAAAAAGAUGCAUUAUUAUGUUAGAUUAUUCUAGUGUUGGUACAUUAGACCAAA